AUUUAGCUAGCUAGCUAAAUAACCCGGUCUGUUCAUAAAUGUAGCUAGCUAGCUGAUCGUGCUCUCUGCCAUGUAGACCGUUUUGGUCACCGGGUAUUGUUAUUUUGUUGCUACACUAUUUUUCAUACUCUACUUCCAAAGGGGAGUUUUUGUAAACAUAUAUAGCUAGCUAGCUAACGUUGGCUAUAUAUUGCUCAGGGAAAUCUUCAAAUCUGUCGGGGCUAGGAGGAGAUUCGAGUUUUUUCCUGUCGGGGAUAAUAUGUCCAGGCGAAAACAGACCAACCCCUUCAAAGUUAAUUGGCCUUUCCCGUCUGCAGAGCUGGUUGGCCCUAAGCACACUAUGGAAAUGGAAGGCAAGGAGGACUUCAAUGAAGACAGUGAGUGCCACAGCAACAAUUCCCAAGAGGGAGAAGAGCAGGAUAGUGUGACAGAAGACAGUGACAGCUACCUGGACAACCCUGGCGAUGACUCUUCUUCUAACACAUCAGCUGACGACAACAUGACGGGUACCAAGAGCAGCCAGUGCUUGCUCCCAGAGGGGGAGGUGAAGGAGGAGAGUGAGGAGUGGGGAGACCUGGGAAAUAGCUACCUGUGUCCACUCUGUACCCUGGAGUUCAGCAGCCCUGAGCAGCUCAUAGCUCAUGUCUAUCAGCAUACGGCGAUGGUGGGCAGCAGUAAGAGCUACGUGUGCCCAGUGUGUGGGCGUGCUCUCAGCUCGCCUGGCUCUCUUGGGCGCCACCUUCUCAUCCACUCAGAGGACCGUCUCUCCAACUGUGCUGUAUGCGGGGCACGCUUCACCGACACCAACAACUUCAACAGGGAGAAGCUUCGAGAGUUCCUCAACACUGGCAGCAUGGAGACCAGCAGCAGCGACGAGACAUUCUCCAUGACUCAGGCCCUCUGCGGCACCCCCAUGCCGAAUACCAGCCCAAGCACUGCGCUUCCCUCCCUGUCUGACAGUCUCUUAUCUUCUGCCCCCUCCCUCCCAUCCCUCCCUGACAGCCUCAGCCCCUCCAGCACAGGCCUACCCCCACUCCCUGACAUCCUCAACCCAAUGCCUGUAUAUCCAGCCGGAGUGCUGCUGGUGUGUAACAGCUGUGUGGCAUACCAGCAGCUGGUGGAGGCGCAGACACCCUCCAUGAGGAAGUGGGCCGUCCGUCGGAAGAAUGAGCCGAUGGAGGCACGGAUGCAGCGGUUAGAGCGCGAACGCACAGCCAAGAAGACCAAACGGGCGUGUGAGACAGCAGAGGAGCGCGAGCUCCGGCGUCUGCGGGAUCGCGAGGCCAAGCGGCUGCAGCGCAUGCAGGAGACGGAGGAGCAGCGGGCGCGGCGGCUACAGCGUGACCGGGAAGCCAUGCGGCUGAAACGGGCCAACGAGACACCUGAGAAGAGGCAGGCGCGGCUUGUCCGAGAGCGGGAGGCUAAGCGCCUCAAGCGCCGGCUGGAGAAGAUUGACCCCUCCCUGCGGACGCAGAUCGAGCACGAUCCCGCUGCCAUGGCCGCUCUCACCGCUGACAUGAGCCUCUUCCAGUUCCCCUGCCCCAUGCCCUGCCCCUCGCUGGACAACAGCCUCUUCAUGAAGCUACCCUAGUGGGACCUAUUGUCAUCCUACAC